AUGGACGACGACGACGACAUGCCCCAGCUUCCCGCUGACACACUGCAGCUGCUUCAACAGUUCAUCACUGAAAAGGACGAACAAGACAAGGCUUUUGAAAACCUGAAGACCAAGGCCGAAGAGCGUUUCGAGAAUGGUAGCACAAAGCUAUCGAUGGCUCUGUUCGGCGAAGACUGGAAUGCCAGUCAAUUCUGGUAUACGGAUGCAACUGCCCGAACGCUUGCAUACCAGCUUCUCGACGGUGUGACUGCAGACAGCGCCAUUGCCGUGGUGUCAGCUCCCAGCGUCUACAUACAGCUUCGGGAGAUCCUGAGCGAGUCCGAUGUUAAGAUCAAACCGAAGCUCUGCCUUCUAGAGUUCGACAAUCGCUUUGACGUCGUGGGAACGGACUUCCUCUUUUACGACUUUCAACAUCCGCUUCGCCUGCCACCGGAGCUGAAAGCAAAGUUCGACCGCAUCAUCUGCGACCCACCAUUCCUAUCAGAAGACUGCCAAUCCAAAACAGCACUUACUGUCCGGUACUUGUCUCGAACGUGGGCUUCCGGGACGCUGAAGUUGAUUUCCUGCACUGGCGAGCGAAUGGAGUCCCUCAUGGCCAAAUUGUACGGCAAGAUAGGGAUGUUGACCACCACGUUCGAACCCCAACACAGCAAAGGCUUGAGCAACGAGUUCUUCUGCUAUGCAAACUUCGAGUGCAAUGAUUGGACGUGGCGGCAGCCUCAAGGCCAUGCGUCGUUCCCUGGCGCAAAAGGCGGUGGAAGAAUGCUCACGGAGGCGGGCACUGCGCCGGGCAUCUCCUGCAGUGGUCGUAACUCGCUUGACAUUCUGCAGGACAACGUGUCACAUUCGGGCACCCAACACUACUGCAACAGCAACGAUCUAUGCCGACCGGCUCCACCGCCGGAUGGCGCGAUUAUGCAAGGCUGUUGGCUGUGGAAUAUUGCCCGGGUAGACGGUACUGAACUUUGUACUGCAGGUACACCCAAUGCCGUUCAGUAUCUUCACCGUUCUUCGGUCUUUCUCGAUCUCGGCAUCUCGGCGUCUGCUCGGCAUGUGCGGCAGACGGAUGUGCCAGCUGCUUGCGACGUCCGAGAAUCUCGGCCCGUCUCACGCAAAGAAACGACGACCCUGCUUCGCCAGAUGUGA